GUCUUCGAUGCUUCCUCGAUCUUCACCCAUCUAUUAAAAUUCCCAAUUCAGAUUUCCACAAUUCAAGCAGUUUUUCACAUCAUCAACAAGUUCUAGAUCUGCAGAAGAACAUGAUUUCGGGAUGUUGGUGAGGUUUUAGAUUUUUCAAACACAGAGGAGAACCAAAGUUUUAGGCUCGCUCUCGUGUCUCCACAACUUAAAAGACUGUUUGAUUUAGUUAAUAAUGUUGCUACACCUCUAAUCUAUUAGAGGAGCUGGGAGAAUGAUAUGAUAGAGAAUUUUGAGUUUUGGAGGAAGCAUGACAAUGACUAAUGUGCCAUUGGAUCUAAGACCAUCAAGUUAUGGUUCAUUACAACCGUAUCAACAACAAAAUCAAAACGGCGAAGUGUUCUUACAACAAAAAGUUGAUCAAUCCAUUCUACCAGUUACUUGCAGAAAAGCAUCAAAUAUGUUUAUUAAUAAAGAGAAGGAUGAUAUGUUCAUGUGGAUGUUUAAAUUCACACCUCGGAAGGAGCUGGGAAUGCUGCUCUUGUGUUUUGUUUCAGUUGCAGUUAUGUUGUGGAUACUUUAUGUUGGCAAAGGUGAGGUUACACAAGAAUUUUCCCCUAUUUGGACCUUAGGAUUCAUAAACAAUUCAGCUGUAGGAUUUUCUGGAUAUUCACCAGCAAGUGUUGAUAAGAUAAAGACUCACGAGUUUAAUCGUUCUUUAGCGAAUGAUGAGACGAAGAAUAUCAUUAAUGAUGAUAAAAGAAUUACAGCUCAACCUCCUCUAGCUCCUAAUUAUUUUACAGGAUAUUCCCUUCUUCCUGGGAAUCCUUGCGAGAACUUUACAUUGCCUCCACCACCAGCAGAUAAGAAAAGAACCGGGCCACGUCCAUGUCCAGUGUGUUACCUUCUGGUGGAAGAAGCUAUUGCUUUAAUGCCAAAAUCCCCAUCAUAUUCUCCUAUAGUCAAAAACCUGACUUACAUCCACGAAGAAAAUUCAACUAGAAGUGAGUUUGGAGGCUCGGUAUUUGGCGGAUAUCCUUCUCUGAAGCAGAGACUUGAAUCUUAUGACAUUAAGGAGUCAAUGAUCAUGCAUUGUGGAUUUGUCACAGGAGAUAAGCCUGGACGCAAGACGAAAUUUGAUAUCGACGAUUCAGAUCUUUUUGAGAUGGAUCAGUGUGGGGGAGUCCUGGUUGCAUCAGCAAUAUUUGGAGCCUAUGAUUUGAUUCAUCAACCAAAGAACAUUAGUGAUUUUUCAAAGAAGAAUGUUUGCUUUUUCAUGUUUGUCGACGAACAAACAGAAAGAUUUCUUAAAAAUUCAAGUGAUCUAGACGAUAACAAGAGGAUAGGGUUGUGGAGGAUUGUUGUUGUCCACAACCUGCCAUACACCGACCCAAGACGUAAUGGAAAGGUGCCAAAGCUUCUACUACAUAGGCUUUUUCCCAAUGUUCAGUAUUCUUUAUGGGUUGAUGGGAAACUCGAGCUUGUCGUGGACCCUUAUCAAAUCCUUGAGAGGUUUUUAUGGAGAAAGAAUGCCAGUUUUGCAAUAUCUAGGCAUUAUAGACGAUUUGAUGUGUUUGUAGAAGCUGAUGCUAAUAAGGCAGCUGCAAAGUAUGACAACGCCUCCAUUGACUUUCAAAUUGACUUCUAUAGAAGGGAAGGCUUAACCCCAUAUUCCGAAGCAAAGCUGCCCAUUACAAGUGAUGUUCCUGAAGGAUGUGUGGUAAUACGGGAGCAUAUUCCUAUCUCCAACCUUUUUACGUGUCUAUGGUUCAAUGAAGUUGACCGUUUUACUUCAAGAGAUCAGAUUAGUUUUUCUACAGUGAGGGACAAGAUUAUGUCUAAGACGAAUUGGACUGUCUAUAUGUUCUGGGAUUGUGAAAGGCGAAACUUUGUAGUUCAGGGAUACCACCGUGACAUUCUGGAGCAUUGGUCACCACCACCUCCUCCACCUCUUCUACUUUCUGCUUCAAGUCCUCCAACACUCCCCAUCCCCAUAGAUAGAACACCCAAAAUAACUGCAAGUAACCAGACAAAGAUCCCAACAAUAAGGCGCUGAAGAGACAGGAAAUCAAGCCGGCACCGAAAAGCUGCUAGUCAAAACUAAAUCUGUGUGGACAAAAAGCUCAAAAUUUUCUUUCCUUCCCUGAGCAGAACAAUCAUUGUUGGGCUAUGAAAAUCUGUGCAAGAUGAUCGCUGAUUAGACAAAGCCCAAGCAAAAUGUUGAAGCCGAGAACUGGGGUUGUCUGAAAUGCUGGUGCUGCUGAAAUAUUUGUUGAACCAUAUGUUGAUUCUGGACAAAGGGGACAGCAAAAAAAAUCUUGCUUGUUUGAGUUGUAACUUGUGCAUGAAUAGCAGUACAUGUAAAUCUUUUGUUUUUGGGACAAUCCGAACAUAAAUGCAAAGUUAGAAUGUGUAUUAUACAAA